CGCGGCGGCCCCGCCCGGCCGCGAUCGAUGAUUGGGCGUUCGGCUGCGCGCGCGCCCCCUCAGGCGGUGUGGGCGGAGCUGCCAUUGCUGCGGGUGCGACCCCGGCUGUGCCUGUAGGCGCUGCUCCGUCCGCCUCAGCCCCUACCCUGCCACCGACGGGAGUGAUCCCUGCGCCCUGGCUGCCCUCCUACUCCUCAGUGUAACACUGGGUCAGAUGGUGUUACAGAAUCACGGAAUCUAUUAGGUUGGAAUCCUCUGAGAUCGUUGAGUCCAACCUGUGACCGAACACCACCUUGUCUACCAGACCAUGGCACUAACUGCCAUGUCCAGUCUCUUCUUAGACACCUCCAUGGACAGUGAUUCCACCACCUCCCUGGGCAACCCAUUCCAAUGUCCAGUCACUUUUCCUGUGUAGAACUUCUUCCUAAUGUCCAACCCAAACCUCCCCUGGCACAGCUUAAGACUGUGCCCUCUUGUCCCACUGCUGGUUGCCUGGGAGAAGAGACCUACCCCCACCUGGCAACAACCUCCCCUCAGACAGUUGUAGAGAGUGAUGAGGUGUCCCCUGAGCCUCCUCUCCAGGCUGAACAGCCCCAGCUCCCACAGCUGCUCCUCAUCGGACUUGUCAUCCAGUCCUUUCACCAACCUCAUUGCCCUUCUUUGGACAUGCUCCAGCACCUCAAUAUCCUUCCUAAAUUGUUCUGAAGCCAAAAAUGCCAGCGAAAGCCUGGUGCCGGCUGCAUGUCAAGCCACUGGCAAGGCUCAUGGAAAUGCACAAGGGGAAGGGCUGAAGGAGGAUCCUGCCCCUGAGACUGCUUAGUUUUAUAAAGGAACCUGACUUUUCUAGACCAGGCUACUGAGUUGUCAUCUCAGAAGUGGUGUUACAACACCUUUGGUCAAAUAACCUCACCGGAAGUAUUAAGUGGUACGAACUGAAAUUUACUGGCUCUAGGUCACCUGUCAAACAUGGGAGAAAAUCCCCUCCCUACGUCUUGGAUCUCUACAAAAAGUAGUCUCAGGUUUAUCUGGAAAUAAACACUCCACUACUAAGAGUACUAGUAGUAGUACUAGUACUUAGUACUACUAAGUAUAAUGUUGAUUGGGGGAAUAAUGUAAAAGGCACAAUUUAUUUAAGUUUUCACUUUGUUUAAUGAAUUAUGCUGAAUUCAAAAAGCAGUGAAUUCAGAGGUAGGUAACAGAAAAAUGCAUAUUCUCAGAUCAUCUUGGGGUUUUUUCUAAUGAUAAAAUUUACUUACAUUUCUCCAUACAAAGAAUAAUACAAGAAAUGUGAGGUGCAGGAAAACUGGUAUACUUUCUAGAAGUAUAAUACUUAAAUAAUAAGAGAAAUCCAAAGACCUAGCUUGCACAGCUAUCACAAAAUACAGCUGCUUAUUAGGGCCUUAUUCACAUUGCUUAACCUUAUAGAAACAACCCUACUUGUGUCCUUUCAGCACUUAGAGAGCCAGUCAGAAAAAGGACACUGAAACUUCAAAAAUUCUCUUUUGGGCUACAUGUGGAAUUUCCUUUAUGCCAUCUGAACAUGGUCAUCCAACCCAGGAAAAUGUGGUUGCUAAAUUUUCAUUUUAGAGUUCACCGUCAGAUACGUCUCAAACUGAAGGGCAACCAUCAUCUUUUUUCAACAUGUCAAUAAAUUCCUCAGUGGAAAGGUGAUGAAAGGAAAGGCAAGGAAUCUACUGAGGUGGAACACCAUUCAUUGAGCAAUGGAAGAGCUGAUGCUCGUUACAAUCAGCUCAGUGUAACUUAUCAGGCCCUCAGUGACAAACAUUAAAACAAGUGAUUUCCUGAGAACCUGCACCCUUUGCCACCCCCCUUUUUGGAGGAAUGCUUAGGCUGUUGUCAUCAAAUGGGGUCACAUCCUGGCUAAAUCCAGAAGAGCGGGUUGAUGGAGCAGAGGGGGAUGAGAACGGAAUUGGCAAGAAGGGUAGAAAGGACUGUGCCUGUCAGAAACUCUGCUUUGUGCUCUCUGAAGAAGGUUGAAUCCAAAAUCCCUGUGACAAAGGUGAGAAGAUGCUAAAGACAUGGUAUUUUGUCCUGCUGUGUUGGCUGUCCUUGCGGCUUGAAGCUAAUCCUGGUCUUAAAGUGAGGAUUACUCAGAAGGGGCUGGACUAUGGUAUGAGACAAUCUGAGGUAAAGGUGAUGACCAAGAAUUUUCCAAGCUAUCCACAUUGCAGGAGGAUUGGGAUGGAGCUCGUGAAGCAAGCAGUAUUGAAAGAGACCUUCCCAAGCUGGAGCGGGCAGGAGAGUUUGUCAGUUGUUAAGGUCAACUAUGUAAUUUCUAGGCUUAGAAUUAAUGCUGUAGAUUUCCCAGAAACUUCUGCUUCUUUUAUUCCUGGCACUGGCAUUUGUCUGUCAGUGGCACGGGCUUCUGCUACAAUCAGUGCAGACUGGAGAAUGAACGCAUGGCUGCUCAAAGGCAAAGGAGAAAUUACUGUGUCCAUCUCAGGACUGUUUAUUUCCAUUAUCUUCAAUGUGUCACGGGAUAGCACAGGCCACUUGUCCACGUUGCUACACAAUUGCCAGCUGAGCAUUGGCAGUGUAAAAGUCAAGUUAAGUGGAAGAUCUAGCUGGAUCUACAGCUUUCUGUCUGGUUAUCUUGAGAAGCCCAUUCACACCAAAUUGGAUAAAAAUCUAUGCCUAAAUAUCAAAUACAAAAUCCAAAUGAUGGAUGCACAGCUUAGAAAGCAUAAGGUCUUAAGCCAGAUUGACACCUUUGCACAAGUAGACUAUUCCCUACUUAGUUCUCCAGCAGUCUUCAAAUCACACAUUAACUUGGAUUUGAAGGGCACAGUCUAUCCAGUAGGUAAUCACACAGACCCUCCCUUUAUGCCAGCUCCAUUUGCUCUCCCAAACCAGGGUGAUUCCAUGAUAUACCUGGGAGUCUCCAAUUAUUUUCUAAAGUCUGCUUCACUGGCUUACUACAGAGCAGGGGCCUUUAACAUCACCAUCUCCAAAGAACUUGCUACUACUUUUAGCUUAAAUACCUCCCUACUCAAAUAUUUUGUCUCUGAGACGUCUCUGAGUCAGGCAUCAGCGUGCCCAGUGCUGCUGAAUCUGAUGGCCACUUUGCCUCCUGCAGUCAGUUUAAAUGCAGACAGAUGUGUCCUACAGAUCACUGGUUCUGUAGAAGUGUUUGCUGCUCUGCCAAAUUCAACCACCCAGUACAUCUUUACAGGGAAUCUGACAGCCAGUACCACAGCCAAUUUGACAAUAACCAAACAGAAGUUGAUUAUCUCAUUACUUCUGAAGAGGUUCCAGUUCUCCCUCCUGCACUCCAAUCUUGGCUUCCCUGAGCAGAAGUCAGUGGUGGAGAAUUUUCUGUCGUAUGCUUUACGGAGAGUAGUAAUCCCAGUAAUCAAUGAUAAACUAGAAAAAGGAUUUCCUCUUCUUAACUUGGCCCACACUAGCCUGACUGGACCUGCAAUAAAAAUGAAUCAGGGUCAUCUGGUUAUUUCCACUGAUGUUCACUACCAACCAGAGGACAGGGAAGAUGAGGACCUCCACAGCCACUCCUGAUGUCUUUUUACUUCUAAAGAAUAAUAAGAUAAAAGUGUAGUUUUCCUUCUGUUGGCUUGUAGGGAGUAGAUGCUAUAACAUUAGAAGCAUGACUUUUCAUCACUAUUUUUAGUGUUUUAGUAAAACUUUUUAAGCACUUUUCACAAAGUGAAUGUGUUGGUUUUUAGUACAGUGAGUGUAGCUAACUGUUAUUGAUGCUUUGGAAAACUUGUUGCAGCCUGAUCUGAAGCAGCAACUGGUUCUUUUCAGUAGAGUUAUAGACACCACAUUUUGUUAAUUUUAGGAACAAGUUCUUGCAUUAUUCAAUUUAUCUCCAUUAGCAUUAGCAAAAUUUUGUGUAUGGAGUGAGAUCUUAUUCUUUGUAAGCGUUUCACAAUUUGUCCCUUUGUAACUGCAUACCAAGAGUGGGAAGAAAUUUAUAAAAUCCAGUUAAUUGCUAUAUAGUUAUAGAAUCAUAUAAUCUAGUCCAGACACUGGCUCAGAACAGGACUAAUUAUAUGAGGUUAUUGAGCACUGUGUCCAGUCAACUCUUGAAUGCCUUCAAGGAUGGAGAUUCCACAGUCUCUCCAUGCAAUCUGUUCCACUGUUUAACUCCCUUCAGAAUAAUUUUUUUUCCUAAUAUCAAAU